GAGUGCCCAUUUAUUUCCCGCCAUUUUUCUGUUUUCGGCUUCUUUGGCGCGCAAGUAAAAAAUAAUGAACUGACGCAACUGUGGCCCACUAGACUAGAGAUACUUUCUCUUCUGAGCCCGCUCAUCGGACUGAGAAAGGAGAGGAGCCAAAAUGGAACCCGUUCGGUCUCAGAGAAAAUUGAUCGUCAAUGACGUCGUCUCGACCCUCCCUCUCUACCGCUCUGCUCCCGCCCUUGAAGUUCGUCUCGAAGAGUUCGAGCUUUUCGCCCUCGAUCGCCUCCGAGUGCUAAAAGGGAUUUCUGAUGCAUUAUCACGAGGAAGGAAACCUGAAGAAAUGGAGAAAUUGGCAAUUGAUCUAUGGAAGACAAAUAUGAGGCAUCCUCAGGCAUCCGAGGUCAUCAACAAGGACAUAAUAUCACACUUUGUUCUGCGUCUAGUUUAUUGCAGAACGGAGGACCUGAGGAAAUGGUUUCUUUCCAUGGAGACUGCCCUAUUUCGUUACCGGUUUAAACGGGAAAAGCAAGAAGCUCAGAGGGCACUCAUGGCAGAAUUUGAUCUUCCAUACAAGGCAGUUAGUAGUUCAGAAUUCGAGAGUGUAAAAGAGAAAUUGGUCCUGGUUUCACGUUCCCUCGGUCAAUCUUCACCAACUGCUGAUGACAUCUUCUUCAAGGUACCAUUUGAAGAAGUUCCAGAACUUGUAGCUGGUCGUAGAGUGUUCAUCAGUAAGGGGCAUGCAUAUAUAGCUAUGAGUCAGGUGGUUUCCCUUGUUGCCACGCAAUUCCGCAGUCAUCUGUCAAGGGCACUUAUUUUGACAAACAGAAAAUGGACUACAACUAUAGCAGAACAAGAGAAGGAUCGGUUGACUCCAAUUGUUGAAGCCCUAUCCUCAAGUUACCUGGGACCUGACUAUUCUCAGCCAAAAGAAUUUGCUCAGAUUUCCUUAAAAGACAUUGAUGAUGUAGCUAAGAGCUCCUUUCCUCUGUGCAUGCGUCACCUAUUUGAAAAGUUGAGAGAGGAUCAUCAUUUAAAGCAUGGAGGUAGAAUGCAACUAGGUCUCUUCCUCAAGGGUGUUGGCUUGAAGCUGGAUGAUGCCCUUGCGUUUUGGAAAGCUGAGUUCUCGCGAAAGGUUGGUGCCGAAAGGUUUGACAAAGAAUAUUCAUAUGGCAUACGCCACAAUUACGGAAGAGAAGGCAAAAGAACAGAUUACACACCUUAUUCCUGUCAAAAAAUCAUCUCUUCUACUCCUGGUGUAGGAGAUCAUCAUGGAUGCCCAUAUCGAAAUUUCAGUGAAGAGAAUUUGAGAGCAGCUCUCAAUAAAAUGGGAGUUACCGGCCGUGCAGUUGGAGAUGUCAUGGACAAAGUGCGAAACAGACAUUAUCAGCUGGCAUGCACCUUGACGUUUGAAGCUGUUCAUGGGUCAUCAUGCGAUGCUGGGAUUAACCAUCCAAAUCAAUACUUUUCUGACAGCCAAAAGAUUAUGCAGUCCAAGAACCAGUCUGCAGCUUAAGAAGAGCUUUUGGGCAUUGUCAUUCCAGACAGGUACUUCUCUCUAAAUAGUCUACUUAAGUUAGUGCAGUUUGUGCAAGUGAAGGACACACCCAACCCAAAUGCAAAUAACAGAGCAUCGAGCCAAAGUGGACCCAAAAUUUUGAUUGUUCUAUCCACACCUUUCCACUCAAGGAAAGCCUUUAAAGUCGGUUCUCUGCCCGAAAGUAGGCCAUGCAUUAUGGUUUUUAUACACAGAGAUGGCAGAGCUGGUGGCCCCACCUUUCCUUUCCCGGCAUAAAGGUCGUGUUCUGCUUUACACUGAAAAAUAUGUAAUUUAGUAUUAUUUAGAAUCGCAUCUUCAUGUGAAAAUUCGGACUUCUUGAUAAGAAUAGUGCAUGGGGUGGCAUAUUCUCUGUUUUCAUUCGCCUGAUUAUGGGUGCUCAAUGUGGAAAUAGCAUCACCUGGAUCGGAUUGAACGUAUUCUUGUUGACGAGAAAGGGGUUGGUUCUAUUCUAGCAACUGACUAAUCACGAAGCACAUGAUAAAAUAUAAUGUUAAAUGUUCCUUUUGAGGAUA